GUGCCUGGGAUGGUUCUGGAUCGCUCCCACCAUUGGUCUGCGUGCCACACCGCGGACCAUCGCGAGAAUCGAACAGGGUCGCGCAUUAUACGCGUAGUGUAGCCUGCCUAAGGAGACGACACGUAUUUACACACACGCUGCGAUACGAAAUUAUUCUCCUGUAAUUCUCGUCGUUUGUUGGAAAUUCAAAUUACACGGAUCUAUAUAUAUGGUAUGGAGGCGCGGGCGUCGAUAAAGAGGUGUACGCACGAUCGAUCAAGAAUUCAAUCGUGCAUGUCACGUAGUUGUUAACCCAGCGUCAACAUCUUCGAGCGCCGCCAAGCAUCGCACGUGAAAAUUCGUAAAGUGCAUGCGUGCGCAUCGUACGAGGCGCGCCUAUAGGUUUCGGAACGCGCGCCAGGCGAACGCACGAUCCAUUCAAUUCUUACGGCCCUGCCACGGUUAGUAUAUCGUGGAAUUUCGCGGCCGAGCAAGUCAACGGCCUUAUCACUCGUUCGCAUUCAUGCCUUGAGAACGAGCCGUGUUCGUUUUUUCUUUUUUUUAUCGGCUGUCCACAGGAGAGACGAGAUCUACAGCAUCGGUCGGGUAAUUGGAGGAAAAUUUUCAAAUUUUCAUCGUUACGUUUCUCUCUCUCUCUCUCUCUCUGUCUCUCUUGCGUAGAGAGAAAGAUCGAUCUACGACUCGAUCGUCGGAUCUGAAAGAAAGAAAGAGAAAAAAGAGAGAGAUCGUUAAGUAAGAAAGAAGACGGAGAAGAAAAGAAGAGGGCGCCAGUACAGAUAUAUCGGUGAGUGUGACUGGACGGAAAGACGUGGGCGAUUCCCAAGUACCGGCCUCCUGGUCCGUCGUGUCGUUUCGAGUGUGUCAGUGAGUUUGUGGAGGCGAACCUAACCUAGUCGUCGGGUGCGCACUAUCGAUCAAAAAGCCAUCGGUUCAAAGAGGACCCUCUUUUCUUUUUCUUUCUUUUUUCGAAAUACUAGCCACGUAUACUCGUAAUUCGACAGUCGGCGCCAAACGACGGUCCUGUGCGUGUCGUUAAAUUUCGCGCUCAAUUACGGCUGCGGACUGUACGUCGGACGUUGCGUGGUACGGGCGUGAAUUUAAAGAGAAAACCGUUUUUCGGCACCUCGCGCGUGAAAACAGAGACGGAGAAAGUUGAGGAUAAUCCUCGGCGAGGAGCCGAAAGAGACAGAAGCAAGCGGUGACAGCGACGACUGGAGAUCAGAAGUGAUCGUGUUGUGCGUCGGAAACGAUUCUAUGCGGCAAAAUGAUGGAGACACAGAAUUACUGGGAGGACAACUCCGCUCAUUCUAUGCAAGUGAAGUACGAGAGUCUGGAUGGUAGAUCUUGCAAGGACGAAAUAUACAGGAUGGGAAUAGGCGCUGGAUAUUGCGAGGGGAACUUGAAUUUCGCGACAGCCUCCGAGGAUGACGAGGUUUACACCAAGAAGAAGGUGUCCAGGCAAGAUCCGAUGUCUCACAGGAUUAUCGAGAAACGGAGGAGGGAUCGUAUGAACAACUGUCUGGCCGAUUUGAGCAGGCUCAUACCGGCCGAGUACUUGAAGAAAGGUCGAGGAAGAGUGGAGAAGACCGAGAUCAUCGAGAUGGCCAUUCGCCACAUGAAGCAUCUGCAAGGUCUUCGGCAAGAAUCGAAACAUCCUGCCGUGACGUCAGUUCACACUCACCCUGAGGACAGUGUGGACAGUGUCUCGCACUCGACCAUCGCGUCCACCGCGGCCGAACACUACAGGCUGGGCUUUCAGGAGUGCCUCAGCGAAACCAUGCAUUUCCUCGUGGAGGUGGAGGGUUUCUUUGCCAGAGACUCGUUGUGCGUUCAACUGAUCAACCAUCUGCAGCAGCAUUGCGAGAAGAUCUUGGCUACCAGCGACAGGCUAGGCUUCCCCCAUCCGGAGAUGCCUACGGCGAACGGUGUGACGAACGGGUCGAGUUACGCUCACAGUAGCAUUCCGACGAUAUGUCAGCCGAACGGUCACUCGGAUCACGGCUCGAGCUCCGGUGCAAGUUCCUUCGGCGAUCCGGAACGUCCUCUGCGCCCGGCGAUCAUCCCACCGCCAGCGAUCGUCAGCGACGACAGCAACCACAGCACCCACUCGCACAGCACGCCGCCGAGCACCAGCCUCUGCAAGCCUUCCAACUACAAGUUCAAAAGCUCCAUCAAGCAGAGGUUCUCCGCGGAGAGGAUAAAGUCGAGCCCGCCGCCGGCCACCAGCAUGGAGAAGCCGUCAGCGUCUCACGGUGUGCCGAUCUUCGCCCUGCACGACGGUGGCGCAUUCUACGUCCCGUUGACCGUCGAGGCGUCGCUGUUGAGGCCGCAUCUGGGCUUCGUCUCGGACACCGGACCCGACACCGUGCUACACCCAGUCACCAUAUCGGUCAACUUCAACCAUUCGAGUCCGCCACCAGUGUGGUCGCACCACCAUAGUCCAACGCAUCAGCAACAGACAUAAACGUGUUGGGGAUCGUGUUCGAAUGUGAACCGUGUAUAUGUGGCCCGGUCUCGCUCGUUCCAACCACGUUCUGUUCGCGUACGCGCGACUUUUGAAACUGAUGAUGCGUUCACUCUGAAUCCGUGUCUCGCGGUGAAUGAGAACGAGCGACCGAACGAACGAUCAUGCGUGAGCGUGUUCGACGACCCACCGAGAAUCGGUCGACGUCGCACGAUCAUAUCGCGCGGUUUUCAACUUUCAAUUCUAGUUUCUUUAUAGCUGUUAACGUCAGAGGUUAACGCUACGUGUUCAACGCGUUUUUUCUCACGGACGGAAGAAGGUGUCGAGGAUGGUUCUUUCUUCUUUUCUUUUCUUUUCUUUUUUUUUUUCUUUCGUAUAUUUACCGAGGCUGUGGGUUGUCUUAGCAUUUACGAGAUUAUUCGAGAGAGAGAGAGAGAGAGAGAGAGAGAGAUGCAGAGAUGUCGUUAGGUAGAGAUAGAGUAUUAGGGUUGCUUUAGCUUCGGUGUGUUUUCCCUUUCAUCGAUAUAUCGUCGCUCCUCCCUCAUCUUUCUUUUUCUUUUUUGUUUCUUCUUCUCAUCCUCUGUCACGUAAAUCUUCGUUUCGUUGUAUCUCUCCGUAUCUCAUCCGUUUCAUCCCUCUCCCGUGCUUCAUUUUCUCCUCCAUUCUCAUCGGCUGGGCAAAUGUGUCGCGCGGUGAACGACACAGUCACGACUCGUAUCGAACUCGAGUUACGCGGAACCAACAGCCGUGAUUAGUAUUAAAUACAGACAACUCGAUGUAUCUAGACACACGUGUCGUCGUACUGUUUCGCGAGAACUGGAGAUCCUGCGGAUAUUACUCGCAAACACACGUUCGAUCGGCCGACGAAAUUCUGUUUUCGAAGCGUAAGUUAGCCGACAGAAGUGCCUGCAAUAUUUUCAGUUUACAGAUUCCGUUUAUGUGAUCGUGUUCCGUACGUACGGAAGAGAAAGUGGUUUUGUCGUUUUUUUCUCCGGCGGACAAUUCUGUGUCACGUUCGAUCGCAGAAAGAGGAUCGAAAGAGUCUGCUCGGCGCCCUGGGCAAACGGGCCUCGGCAAUUAAAGACUGACCAAGACCUGCAUUACACUAAAUUCUUGUAAGAUCAUUGCAUUAAAUAUAUAUAUAUAUAUAUAUAUAUAUAUACACAUAUACAUAUAUAUAUUUGUACAUACCACGUUUAGUUGUAAUGUUAACGAAGAAUUUAUGCGGAAUAAAUUAUAUUUACCAUA